UGUGCGCGCCAGCAGCAGGCAGAAGGAGAGAAGAUGGCGGACGGGGUGAAUGUCGGGGUGAAUCUGGACGCUUUCUCUCACGCGAUCAGCGGCAUCCAGGCGCUGCGUUCGAGCGUGAGCCGCGUGUUCGAGUCCCUGAAGGACGGCAUGAAGAACCGGGAGACCCUGGAGGGCCGAGAGAAGCAGUUUAUAGCCGAGUUCCAGGACAACCUGCAGGCGGUCAACAGAGACCUGAAUGAGUUGGAGCGUCUCAGUGGUCUGGUGGGUCGUCCCUCAGAGUCUCAUCCUCUCCACAACAGCGGCCUCCUCAGUCUGGAUCCGGUUCAAGAUAAAACCCCAUUGUACUCUCAGCUGCUGCAGGCCUACAAAUGGUCCAACAAGUUGCAGUAUCACGCAGGUUUAGCCUCCAGUUUGUUGAAUCAACAGUCACUCAAACGAUCGGCCAAUCAGAUGGGAGCUUCAGCCAAGAGGCGACCUAAAGUCCAACCCAGUACCCUGGUACUGCCUCCUCAGUAUGUGGAUGAUGUCAUCUCUCGGAUAGGCAGGAUGUUUCCUGAUAUGACCAUCGAACUGUUCAGACCCAACGGGACGUCGGCUGUACUGCUGGUAAUAAUACACUGUACAGGUACAGGUGUGUUCACACAGUCACACAGUCUCAGGUGUUUUCACAGUCUCAGGUGUGUUCAUUCUCAGGUGUGUUCACACAGUCAUACAGUCACACAGUCUCAGGUGUGUUCAUUCUCAGGUGUGUUCACACAGUCAUACAGUCACACAGUCUCAGGUGUGUUCAUUCUCAGGUGUGUUCACACAGCCAUACAGUCACACAGUCUCAGGUGUGUUCAUUCUCAGGUGUGUUCAUUCUCAGGUGUGUUCAUUCUCAGGUGUGUUCAUUCUCAGGUGUGUUCAUUCUCAGGUGUCUGUCUGUCUCACCUGUCUCCCUCUCAGGUGACACUGGGAAAGGUGUUGAAGGCCAUUGUCGUGAUGCGUUCGCUGUUCAUUGACAGAACCGUUGUUCGAGGAUUCAAUGAGAACGUUUACAACGAGGACGGAAAGCUGGAUAUCUGGACCAAGUCUCAGUACCAGGUGUUCCAGAAGGUGACGGACCACGCCACCACCGCCCUGCUGCACUACCAACUGCCCCAGAUGCCCGACGUUGUCGUUCGAUCCUUCAUGACCUGGUUGCGGAGCUACAUUAAACUCUUCCAGUUGUCCUGUCUGUCUCUGACCUGUCUGUCUCUCCAUAGACCUGGUUGCGGAGCUACAUUAAACUCUUCCAGUCGUCAUGUCAGCGCUGCGGUCGUUUCCUUCAGGACGGUCUUCCUCCAACGUGGAGGGACUUUAGGACCCUGGAGGCUUUUCACGACACUUGUCGCAUGUAAAGAAACACUUCCUGUGUUUUGUUUUGUUUUGUUUUUAUUUUGUGUAAAAAGUCUGAAUAAAGUUUGAUUUAAAUUUUU